AUGUACAGGCCUUCGUUUCCCACAGAGCAGUCCAGGCGAAGUUCCGACGCCUUUCAUGGGCAUUCGCUGAAGAGUUCCGUGGAAGGGAAGCUGGCGAAGCUGGAAAAGCUGGGGAGCAAGCUUUUUAAGGGUGGGAGUGCCGGAGAUGAUAGAGUUGCUCCGGGUGGUCAAGAUGCGCUUCGCCGCUCCUUUGAACUUAUGCUGGACGAGAGAGGGAUAUCGGGACCAGCAAGAACGCAUAUGCUUCGCUUUGACGAUACCAGAAAGAAGCGCUUGAUAAUGGAUUGGCGGCAGACACGACCCAAAGACCAGUUGGGAACAAAUCGGCCUGGGUCUGGUUCAGGCUCAAGUGCACAUAGCCCCGCAGCUUCCCCGCGCACGAGUGUCUCCAGCGAUACCGCAGACAGACUGGAACAACAGUUCUUGAUUGUUUUGGAUAGACUGAACAUAACAGGUUCUGCUCGGAGCACUAUGAUUCGAACCCUGGACACGAAGAAGAAGGCCGAGGUCAUUCAGCAAUACCGCAGACGUCGAGAGCUUGAGAAACAAGGGGAUGCCGAUCGUCCGGCAUCACAGGCAUAUGCCGGGGAAGGGCGUUCAUCAUCGAGCGGAAGAGUCUCGCAAACAACCCCUUACCCAUCAGAAGGAGGGCAGCAGCUGGAAGGCCCGGCUUUGGAGGGUGCGUUCCGAGCAGUACUGAAUGCGCUGGAUAUUCAAGGAUCUGCCCGUGACAAUAUGCUGAAGAUGGACUGGAGGCAUCAGAUGGACAUCAUAAAACAAUAUCAAAACGUGCGCCGCCGUAGUAGUGGGCAGGAUGCGCGGAAACGAUCGGCAUAUGAAGGUGGACCCGCAUCCCCAUCUGGCAGGCGCAUCUCCCAGCGUGAUAGUCCUGAGCGAUGGGAUUCCCUGGCCGAUCAAUCGAAUGCCACGUCGCCCGUUGGAGAGUAUUCGCCGCAGCAGUUCAUAGCAUUCCUGGGCAACAGAAACACACCGAUGAAGGCUCUGUACCGCCAUUUGACAGCAUUUCGCAUAACACUAUCUCUCUCUGGGCAAGAAUAUAUCCGCAAUGUUGUGAAUGCCGACAUGGCGGAGAUCGGGCCAAGGGGAAGCCGCGGGAUGUCAGCAUUUGAGGUGGUAUUGGACCGAAUAGCCGAAGCGAAACAUUCAAGACGCUCCGGGACAGCACCGGAGUUUUUGAGAGGGCCGAGGCCUAUGUACCUCCCUGCCAAUCUGCAACACCAACAGCGAGGAGGGCAUGCCUCGUACGCGGAUGCGGUCAUGGAGGACGAACUUGCGUUGGAAGCUAUUCGCUGUGUGAAGCUGAUCUUGAAUGCGAAUAUGGCCUAUGCGUCGGUUGUAGCCUCACCGAAUCUCAUGAGCCAUCUGGUGAAUUGUCUGGAAGCUCCCGCCAACUCAACUACCAACAUGGCAAAGCCAGAUGUGCGGGCUCGCCGAGCGAACUUAUCGUUGAGAUCAGCUGUCGCUGGUCUUUUAGGCCCGUUGUGCUUACUUUCGGAAACGGGACGAACGAACGCGUUGCAGUCUAUGACAGACCUUGCAAUCGCACAGAGAGAGCCGGCUCGCUUUAGCUUCCUGGUGCACUCACUCCUGGACCCUUUCAUUGGUCCCACGGACACAGAUCCGGAAGCACUGGGCGAAAACCAAAUACGAGACGACCCGGAUUUGCUUUGGGAAUACCGAGCGAGCGUGAUGAUUUUCAUUAAUGGCCUAAUUUCGGCGCCGGAUGAGACGCAGGAAAGAUGGCUUGUGCGGAAGGAGAUCGAGAAACGCGGCCUCAGGAGGAUAACGCAUAUAUUACGGGACCUCAAACCAUCUCCGGCCUUUACGAUACAACUGGAGGCGUACGAGGCCGAUCGGAAAGAUGACAUAGAAAUGAUGGAAGAGACUUUCAAGGAUCUGAACGCCACUUUGGAGGACCCUCGCACCAUACUAUCCGACAUGCUCAACAAGGCGAAGGCGCUCGAUUUCCCAGAACGCGCUAGCAAUCUUGUGACUGUGACUUUGAAGAACCUUCUGAACGUCAUCAGCACCCUACAGAAUAAGAGUCCAUCAUCACACGAAUCAUCAAACGGAGCAUCCUCUGCAGCACCGUCACACUUGAACGAAGAGGAUCCCACCGAAAUUUUGGCCCUGAUUGAACGGCUUACUGAAAGUAUCAACAGUGGGAUAUCCAUAGACGCAUCUCAGAACCCCAAGAUCGGGAAUGCUCGUGCAGCCAGAUUCAGUGCAAUUGCAGCUGAUUUAUUGCAGAAUGUGGAAGAGAUUGCUGGAUUUCCGAUACAAGUACAACAGGUUUUGAACGACUCGCAUGCGGGAUCGAAUAGAAUAGGAGCUGGGUCGGGUCGGAGAGCAUAUCAGAGUACCGAUGGUUAUCCUCCUACCACUCCGGGAGGAGCACAACAAGUUGUAUUCGAUCGAGUACAGUUUCCCAUGCCGGAACACGCUCGUCUUGCAGGAUAUGGACCUGGUGUUGCGCAGGUGUCCGCAGACGGGUCCUCCUCACGCCAGGGCCGCCCAUUGCCCUCAUUGCCCUCAUUGCCAGCCGACUCGCCUGAUUCUGUGCGGCCGUCAAACCCGGCACUCAACAGACUGCCACAAGGCGCUGGUAUCGGUGUCCUGUGGGAGGAGAUUCGCCGGUUGGAAGACAUCAUCACUGACCUCCGCUCGGCCUCACGAAACGACCUAUCGUCGGUCAAUCCUUUGACUUCCCGGAUGUCCUUAAUUGCAGAGGCUCCGGAAUCGGGCAAACUUGAGACUGUCAGCGUAAACCCACCCCCACCGCCACCUCCACCGCCCCCGCCUCCUCCGCCACCUCCCGCACCUGGGCCGCCACCACCUCCUGGGCCGUUAGGCGCUUUAUCGGCGUCCAAGAGUUUCAAAAUUGCAAAAGCGAGCAGAGCUAUGAAGGCCUUGCAAUGGACGAAAUUGUCCAAUCGAGCUACCGAGUCGACCAUCUGGGAGGAUGUCAUGAACAAAGCCUACGGUCGUUCAGAGAGCGACGCAAUACCUUUCGAUCGAAAGGAUUUAGAGGAACUAUUCGUGAAGGAGGAAGCUGUUGUGCGACCUGUAGUGCAAGCACCGAAAGAAGUGCAAGUCAAGAAAGUCGUCACUCUCAUCGACCAGAGGAGAGCUCAGAAUAUCGCCAUCAUGCUCGGAGGGGUGCGACUAGCUUACCGAGAUAUUCAGACUGCCAUCAUCGCCAUGGAUGACUCUGUGAUGACUUCUGAGCGUCUCAAUAGUCUCAGAACGUGGGCGCCCACGGCUGAAGAAUACGACCUUGUCCGCGCUUACGAGGGCGAUGUAGAGGAGCUCGGAAAUGCCGAAAAGUAUAUUCGGGAGAUAAUGGACAUCCCACGGUUUGGCCACAGGCUGGAACACAUGUUGUUCCGCAAGCGUUUCGAGGAAGAAGUGGUCGAAGUGGUUCCCGACAUGGAGACGGUGCUUCUUGCUUGCGAACAAGUCAAGAAUUCCGAUAAAUUGCGCAAACUUUUGAAGGAAGUCCUGAUAUUGGGCAACUACAUGAAUGGAACGUCCUUCCGUGGAGAAGCGCACGGGUUCAAGUUGGACGCACUUCUCACUUUGAAAGACAUCCGCUCGAAUGGUGCGGGAAAUCAGGUUCCCACGUUGCUCCAUUUCCUAGCGAAGAUAUUGGCCGAGAAAGAACCAGAACUCAUCGAUUUCAUUCGCGAUAUGCCGAGAGUGGACUUGGCAGCGCGGGUUUCCAUUCCAGCCUUGUUCGCCUCUAUCAAGGAACUUCGUCGCGGACUCACUGCGUUGAAAGCCGAAUUGAUGGAGGUCGAAAAGCUGGAUUCGCGACCGGAAGGCGACCAGUUCGUGUUGGUCAUGGAUGCGUUCAAGAUGAGAGCGGACGUGAAGAUCUCCGGACUCGAAUAUCAGGCGUCUGUAGCCGAAAAAAAUGUGACGGACUUGAUCGCUUUCUUUGGCGACGAUCCUACCGAACGAUCUGAUGCACCUGAAGACUUCUUCGGAAUAUUUUCUUCCUUCUCGGCGGCCCUUCAGAAAGCGCACGUAGAGAAUGCGGCAAGAGAAAAGGCAUUGCGUCAGAAAGAAGCGUACGCGGAGCGUAUGGCCCGUGCGAAGCUUGAAAAGGCCAAGUCACCCUCGGACUCGGCAACCAGCGAUGCCACUUCCGAUGCCGAGGGAGAAAGGUUCGCGGACCUCCGCAACAAAUUGCUGAGCUCGAUCGAUAUCUCAGGCGGUGUAUCAGCCACGGCGGCCGAGAAGAUCGCGAAUGCCCAAGCGCCUGUCGGGACUUUCUUAACGAUGGUCGGUGCAAACGAGGAAGCAUAUAUGAGAUUGAAACCUGUCAAAGGCCAGUUGCCAUUGUUCCAACGUGGAACAGUGCGAGGAAACCGGCCAAUCGUUCUCGACACUGACAUAACGUCGGACUUUGAGGAUGACGUCGAAGAACAAGAUGAGGAGGCCGAAGGCAAUUUCGGCAACCUGAUGAACACCACUUCGUUGUCCAUGGCUCGCAUCACAGUUCGUCAAAUGGCUUCAUCACCGAUGAAAACGCCUUCGAAAAGAACUUCGGAGAGCUUCAGACAAAUGGAGACUGAGCAUGAUUCUGACGCCUUUGAUGACUUUGAGGACGAUGCAUACCCAGAGCCAGAGGAGAACGAAGCUUCCGACGUAGAGACUCGCGAGCAUGAAGAUGACAUCUUCAUGUCACCUACACUCGACAUAAUGUCUCCUGCGGAGCACGGACCGCGGCCGCCGUCGAGCGGGCCACCCGACAAAGAACGACGCAGGCGUUCAGUUCUUAGCGAAACCCGGGUGCAAGUUCCCAAUGUUACCGUCUCCGAGCCGAAGAGCGCUUAG